UAGUGGCCGUGGAGUGCGAACGCAUCAGUGACUUUGAAGGCAUACCAUCCGUCGUUAUUGCAUAACCUGUCGUUAUUAACAGCACCCCAGUAUGAACGUGGUGCGAAACAUUGAGGUGCAGAUUUUAUCCCGAUCUCAUUUUUAAGUAUCGUUUGGAUAAUGGGUGGUUAGAAUUAUUCUGUGGUAUACCUAUUCAUAUUAAUUUUCAACGGGGAGUUUAAUCAUGUCCUUCAGUUCUGAGCAAGUCUGAUUACUAUCGCAACAGCACCAGAAGCACUCUCAUCCAAAUGCUCACUAAUUAAUAAGUUGUCUUUUCAAUCAUCUUGCCAUCCCAUCCCUUCCUAUGCCAUCUCCAUACCUAUACUAUUCACUAUUCUGUGGAAGAAGUAUACAACAGUUUAUCACUUGAGGCAUUAUUUGAACAGUUUGCCUUCAAUAAAACCAUGCAAAUUAAAGUUAAAAAUCAAACAGAGAAUAAAGAAUCUGGACUACCAUAAUGCAUCGAGUUCUAUCUGUGCAAAAUCGGGAAGUAUGAUCAGUCGAAGUGUAAAGAGUUCCACUCCAGUUUCUUUUAUCUCAGAGGAAUGGAAAGAAUCCUCUCUCUAUAAAUAUCUAUACAGGCGCUCUUAUUCGAUUUGACAGGAAGUUUCACGACGUUGUUUCUUUCCAUCAGUUACAGUCCGAAGAAUGAAAAAAGUCUACUCUUUGUGUAGGCACCAGAAUCCGCCACAUAAAAGCUUCUUCUAAAGAAGAUGAAGCGUUGAAUGCAGAUGGUAUUAAAGUUGCAGCUGUAGCCGAAUUUCUACUCGACAAAUUAAUAGUCGAAGAGUUCAAAGACCUACAAAGUACCCUUUCAGUCAGUGGUCUUUUCUCUGAAAGAAAGACAUUCCAGUUUUUCAUUUAUCACUCAUGCUGCAUAUAUUUAUUGACUCUACCAAUUAUCUACAUCAGUCGACAUUGUUGUCCACUAUUCUUCACACUACGGGUGUCAUCAACUUUUCUGAUUUUUCACUUGUUUCUUUGAAGGGAUUUGACUGAUCUCGAGAUUGAUCACGAUUUGACAGCAGUUAGAGCAUCUUUGAAAACUAGGGGGUGUUGUACAGCUGUUUUGUUGUUGUUAUUGUUGUUUGUGUACCUUAAGCUUACACACCUAUGUCGCCGCCGGGAAUUGAACCCGGAACGUUCUGGUUACAACCCGAGCUCCUACACCACUCAACCAUUGGGACAAAACCCAGUUGUCCAUAAAUCUAACUCCAACCAUUCGCGAUAUAUAUGACGCAGUCGCCAGUCAAUAUCUUCAGCGAGCAGUUAGGCUCACAGAACUCGGUGGGACGCUCUGGUCAUGACCUCUUCAAUUAAAAACGUCGGCCAACUUCAUGCUGUAAUGAGUCACCAGUGAGCACUAAAUUGAAUUUCAUCUGUAGGUCUUAGGGAUUCGAUUGAUUUAAACGUUGAACUGGCCUUGUGUAGGCUUGAAGGUUGUGGGUCCUAUUCUCGGUGAGAACAUGGAUUAGUACUGUUGUAUUUUCCCAAACAAGGAAGAAAUGACUGUCCAAUGCUCCUUGGAGAACUAAUUAUAACUGGAGUUUAGACUUUAGCUCCUUAGUGGAACUUUGGGCUUUCCAGGCUUGAGCUUUGGAGUUUCAUUAGCAGCAGUGCUGUUUGUUUUUCACGAUGUAGGGUUGCUAGCCUCACUCACACCCAACUUUCCCGCUAUUUACCGGGCUUACUGCCGGUUAAACCAGUUCUAGAAGUACGUCAGCUGGGGAUCAUCGAUCGAGUCCCGGACCGCAUGGGUGAUCGACGAGUAUUCUACCACUAAGUGACUUGUUGGAAUACCUGGGCGUUUAUCCAAGUAGCUCUGGCAUGCUAAGAGGCGAGCUUUCUGCCACUUGACCAAGUGCGCCCCUCUACUACUUUAAUUGUAUGUGAGAUACCCUUCCAUUUUAUUUUGCUUAAUGUGUUAACCAACCUUACCGUGUGUUGUUUUUCCUGUUUCUUAUUUUCUCCUAGUAUGGCUACUUGGUGGAAUGAAAAUGCUAAAGUUUCUGAUUGUGAUGAUCCGAAGGAGAUGAUUACUACUACUACUACUACUACUACUACUACUACUACUACUACUACUACUACUACUACUACUACUACUACUACUACUACUACUACUACGGCGACGACAACGAAUACUGCUGCUACUGUUGCUGCUCGUCCUCCUCUUCCUUCAUGUAGCAGCCCUAUUGAAUAUGUAAAUAAACUAUUUAAUAAUAAAUAUGUAAAGAGAAAAGCAUCAACAACAACAACAACUUCGGAAACUAGUGGUAUUACACCUAAUAAACGUGUGUGUCCAUCACUAAACAAAGGUGAUUGCAACAACAACAGCGUACAAGGUAGUUGUCAUCGCAUUAUUGAAGGUGUUGGUGUUAGUGCUAGUGUUGGAGGUGAUGAUAAUGACCAACUGAGUUCAACUAAUAAUUCUGCUAUUACUACUCCUUGUGUUGACGAGGGGGCGCAAGAACAGGUCAGCAGCGGCGGAGGAGGGACAUCACGUAGUUCUGAUGAUACAAAUGUUACUGAAAUGUCAGCGUUUGAUAGACCAACAAUACCAAGUGGAGUUGUAUCAUAUCCGCCUGUAUGUCAGAUAACUUAUAAAUGUUACGUGUGUCAAAGACGAUUUACUGCUCGUUCUUCGUGUCUGCGUCAUAUGACCAAUUUGCAUGGAGCUGUAACAUCAGAGCUGAAGUGGAAUCUUUUGACUGAAACAAAUUAUGUCGCAUCUACUCCAGCUGGACCUAAAAACAAUAACCCUAAUUUGUUGUCGUUGUUGAAUAAUAAUAAUAAUAAUAAUACCCCAGCUACUGGAUCCGGCUCAACAGCACCACCAGCGACGACGUCAUCGUCAUCAUCGUUGUCUAAAUCAGGUGAAUCUGUUCGUGAAGAGAAUGACGGCAGCAGCAGUGGCGGUGGUGUUGUCAGAAAGAUAUUCUUUUGUGCACUUUGUAAUAAGUGUUAUAGGUUACGAUAUAGUUUAAUAAGACAUAAAUCUUUACAUCAUGGACAGGCGAAUAGUCAGGCAGGCUGGCAAGCAGACUAUUAUUAUUAUUAA